AAUUAUAUAGAGAUACAUAAAUCAUUAUGCUGUUUUCUUUGUGAUUAGACAUGGCGUACUCAGUUUUACUAUGGCCAAUGAUUGUGGCGGCAAUUUGUGCCCUGCUGUGGAUAAUGUCGGGAAUAGUCAUAAUGAUUGUGCUGAACUCGGAAAAGAAAAGAAAAUUAAAGCAUUUAAGAAAAGCAGCCAAAAGAAGAAAGAAGGCUAUGGCAAAAAUGGCUAUGGGACCAGCUAUGUACCCCCCUCCCCCUCCAGAAAUGAUGGUCAUGCAAACACUGCCGAAAAUGAGAGACACCCCGAAAGUCGUGCCCCUGGAGGAAGACAUUAUCUAUGAUAACAAACGAGUAAGCAGUGAAAUACGCCGAGGCAGUACUGAUAUCCGCCCAGAUCCAUUGUAAUACACUGAACAUUAUGCACAAUGAAUCUAUUAUAAUUAAUAUUAAUACAAAAUUAAAUUGUAAACAAAUGACAUCAAUAAUCUCAACCGUCCAUUUCUAGUUCAAAUAUUUUAAGUCACUUGAAGAAAAUGUAUUGAAAUUAAGAGGUAGUCUUUAAUACGCAAGAAAUUUUUGUGUACAAAGUAUACUUUAUCAAAAACAAGAAGAUGAACAAAAUGUUUAACAUAUGUUGAAUGGUUUGAAAACACUGAGUCUUGUUUUACUUUAAUGAUCAAAUGAUUGAAAAAAUACGGCGAAUGGUACUGAUCUGAAGAUUGAGAAAAGAAUAUAUUUGGAAAAUAUAAAAUACUCAUUAAAAUUCAAUUAUCUAUUCAUGUAA